ACGUGUGCAUUCCUAGUCUCGGAGCGUCCAGCUGAUCGCGGUGACUUCGUCAACGUGCUAACAAAGUGACGAACAUGUUACUCUGACAUUUCUAAUCAUUCGCGAGUGAAAAAAAAAAGAAACAAAAAAAAAAGACAUAAAACAGACAUACCAAAAGAAAAAGAAACUAAAAGAAAAGAAAAGAAAACCAAAAAAAAAAAAGAAAAAGAAAAAAAAGAAAGAGAAAUCGAAACAAACAAUUUUAUCAUCCAAUGAGACAAUAUCAAAAUGACACGACGAAAAACGAAACUAUUUUUACGAAUUGAACGGAACACGAGAGGCGGCGGAGGUGGCGGAGGUGGAGGUGGAGGCGGUAGCUCAAUAACGACGACAGGCUCGUACAAUGGCCAGCGAAAGGAUAUCGGGUCGAUACAGAACAUCAUUACCGGUUCCGGGUCACUCAGAGGUAAAUCUUUGCUCGGUAUUGUCACUGGGCAAGGACCUUAGCAAAAUCACAAUGCCUGUUAUAUUCAACGAGCCACUUUCCUUUCUGCAACGAGUCGCGGAAUAUAUGGAAUAUGCAAAAUUAUUGAAACAAGCUUCCGCCGAACAGACACCUGUCGGCAGAUUAAAAUACGUCGCCGCUUUUGCCGUAAGCGCAUUGGCUUCGAAUUGGGAACGUCUUGGUAAACCAUUCAAUCCAUUGCUUGGCGAGACUUACGAAUUAACCCGUGAAGAUUUUAGAAUAGUAUGCGAACAAGUCUCUCAUCAUCCACCAGUAUCGGCGUUUCACGCUGAUAGCGAGGAUUUUGUUUUUCACGGUAGCAUACAUCCUAAAUUAAAGUUCUGGGGUAAAUCGAUAGAAGUACAUCCAAAGGGUAUCGUCACGGUCGAAUUACUCAAAUGGAAAGAGGCGUAUACUUGGCAGAACGUUAAUUGUAUUCUUCAUAACGUAUUGGUUGGACAACUUUGGAUGGAACAAUUGGGUGCCCUUGAGAUUAAACAAUGUGGAGGUUCAAAUUUGAAAGCCGUGUUAACUUUCAAAAGUGGAAGCUGGAAUGGCAAAGAUCUUCAUCGAGUUGAAGGCUUCAUAAUGGAUCAAGAAAAAAGAAAAUUACUAUAUUUAUAUGGGAAAUGGACCGAAAGAUUACGUUCUUGUGAUCCAUCCUUGUACGAGGAUGCCCUUGAAAAAUUGAAAAGGGACGCUAAAAGUCCGCAAGGUAGUCCAGGUCACAAAAAAGUACUUGCCAAACUUCAAAGCCUCAAGGUUGGGGCUUUCAAACCAUCUCAUCAGGAUGCGAUCGACGAAUCAUCAACGAGUAUAGACGAGGAUACACCAAUGUUCGACGAAAUACCAAGCUCGACAACACUUUGGGAAGUUUCACCGAGACCACCGAACAGUUCUAACUACUUUCAAUUCACUACAUUCGCAAUGUCCCUGAAUGAGAUAGAACCAACAAUGAGAAAUGAUUUAUGUCCGACCGAUUCAAGAUUAAGACCGGAUAUAAGAAAAUUAGAACAUGGCGAUCAAGAUGGUGCGGCUACUGAAAAGGCAAGACUCGAGGAGAAGCAACGUGAUUCUAGAAAGAUGAGGAAACAAAAGAAAGGACAAGAAUGGACGCCAAAAUGGUUUAGAUGGACAAUUAAUCCAUACACGGGCCAAGACGAUUGGCUGUACAAAGGUGGCUAUUGGGAUCGUAAUUACACCGACAUCGAAGAUAUAUUCUAAUGAAUAUUAGAAAAAUGAUUUUGACGAAAACAAAUUAAAGCAAAACUAACAAAAAGAAACUAGUCCAUGUACGCAAAAGCCAAAAGAGCGUAUUACGUUUGAUGCGUUAGCUAUUGUGUGAAGAUUUUGUUGUUGUUUCUUUUCCCAGAAAAGAAAUUUGAUCGACGUCGAUAUUGUCUGAUUUAUGAGUAAAAAUGAUUCGUGUUGUUGGAGGUCAAUCGGUCAAAUUUAAAGAAAAAAAAGAAAAAAAAAAAAAAGAAAGAAAAAAAGUAAAAGAAAAAAAAAAGAAAGAAAGAAGGAAAGAGAAAGAAGAAAACGGCUGGUACGUGUAUGUAUGUGUGGUUAGAUAAAAAAUUCUCUAGAAAAGAAACAUAAAAAAUAUAUUAGAAUACUUCAAAGAUUUAUAAGGAUGUGAGAGAGCAAUUUAUUUAAGAAAAAAAAAAUUUUUCUCCAUUAGUUUUCAUUAUCUUUUUCUCCUUUUUCUUUCUUUUGUUUACUAUUCCAAUACUGACAAUCUCACGAUCGAAACAAAUCUCUGUGAGAGAUGAACAACUCGAAAAGGAAAAGAUAGAAACAAAAUGAGAAAAAGAGAAAAGAAAAGAUUAAACCUAUAAAAGCUCAAUGAAAUUUUUCAAUCUAUACAAAUUGUGUCUGCUUACACAGUGUAUAUAUAUAUAUAUAUAUACAGUAGAUAGUCUAAUUUAAUAUGGAGGAAAGACGUCUUCAACGUUUCCAAUGAUUAUAAUCAAAAUCUAAAAACGAAAUCUUCGUGCUAAACUGCAAUUAUUCGAUCUUGUGUAUAAUUAGAACGCGAGCUUACGCCUCGUAGAGUGAAAAAGAAGAAAGAAAAAUGAAAAAAAAAAAAAAAAAAAAAAAAGAAAGGAAAAAACAUGAAAACGUAAAAGCAUAAAAGAGAAAGAGAGAAAUCGUAUGCAGGUCAUACGUAUAUAUAUAUAUAGAUAAUAAAUAUGUAUGUGUAUGUAUUGUAAAGAAGAAAUAUGUCCGACAAAAACGAAUUAGUCGAAAGAUUAGAAAGCAAACGGUGUAAAAAGAGAAACACUGUGUGAUACAUUACACACUUGUAUCUUUCUAUCUCAAUCUCUCUCUCUCUCUCUUCCUCUCUACCCAUCUCUGUUUCUCUCUCUCUCUCUCUUCCUCUCUGCCCAUCUCUGUUUCUCUCUCUCUCCCUCUCUCUCUCUCUCUCUCUUUCUGCACCAUUGAAUCAACAGGAGCUCCCUUUAUUUGACUAACUCUCUACUAAUUAAUUAGUUAUGGUGGUCGUUAACAGCAUGUCAAACUCGUUAGCUUUCCAUUCAUUGAGAACGAAGCCGUUUUAUCACUUUCUGACAUAGAGAUCCUAAAAAGGAAUA